AUGACCGAGUCCUCAACAUUAUUAGAACAAGCUAGAGCGGCCUCAUCUAAUGAGAACUUUAAAGAAGCCGAAUCGAAAUAUCAAGAGAUAAUUUUGUCAAAGGAGAGUUCUGGACAACCCACGUCUAAGGUUUUACAAGAUCAGGAAGCGGCUAUAUUGGAACUAGGUAAGAUAUACCAGAAUCAGAAACAACCAGAUAAGUUAAAUGAACUACUUGCGUAUUCUAGAGCUGUUUUGGGGAAUUUUGCUAAGUCCAAGACGGCAAAGAUCGUAAAAACCCUUAUUGAGUACUUUGAUAAUAUUUCUGAUGCUCUUGAAUUACAAAUCCAAGCGACUAAAGAUAGUAUUGAAUGGUCCGUUGAAAAUAAGUUAUCAUUUUUAAGACAAUCAUUACAAUUGAAAUUAUCUGCGUUAUUAUAUCAAAAAGGAUCAUAUCAGGAUGCGUUAAGAAUUAUAACGGAUUUGUUACGAGAAUAUAAGAAAUUAGAUGAUAAAUCAUCUUUAGUUGAGGUUCAAUUAUUGGAAUCCAAAUUGUUCCAUGCUUUGAGGAAUAUUCCAAAAGCAAAAGCUGCGUUGACGAGUGCAAGAACAUCCGCUAAUUCAAUAUAUUGUCCAACAUUAUUGCAAGCAGAGUUGGAUUGUCAAAGUGGUAUUUUGAACUUAGAGGAUAAGGAUUACAAAACUGCAUUUUCAUAUUUUUACGAAGCUUUUGAAGGCUUCAAUUCUCAGGAUGAUGAUAAAGCAAUUGUUAUCUUAAAAUACAUGUUAUUAACCAAGAUUAUGUUAAAUCUCAUCGAUGAUGUUAAUACUAUCUUAGGUAGUAAGAAUGUUCUUAAAUAUCAGUCAAAAGAUAUUGAUGCAAUGAAGUCCAUCGCUACUGCCUAUUCUAAUAGAUCCUUGAAGGAUUUUGAAACAUCACUUUCUACAUACUCACAAGAAUUAAGAUCUGACCCAAUUAUCAAGAGUAACUUCAAUGUCUUAUAUGAUAACUUAUUAGAACAAAACUUAUUGAAGAUUAUUGAAUCUUACAGCUGUGUUGAAUUGUCACAUAUUUCUCAGACAAUCGGCUUAAACUUACAACAAGUUGAAGGCAAAUUAUCUCAAAUGAUCUUAGACAAGGUUUUCUAUGGUGUCCUAGACCAAGGAAAUGGCUGGUUGAUUAUUUACGAUGAACCAAGAAAAGAUGCUACUUACGAAGCCUCUUUUGGUCUUGUAAACAAUUUGUCUAACAUUGUUGAUUUAUUAUAUGAGAAGGCUUCUUCAUUGAAUUAG